AUGUUCUGUGUGACCAGCCUGGACCCAGACACACUGCCCUCUGUGGCCACCCUGCUCAUGGACGUCAUGUUCUACUCAGGCGGGUAAGGACCCACUCCUCCUGUUUCACAGAAGGCUGUCACAAGAGGCCAUCUGCCGUCUCUUUGUAAGAGACUAUCAUACACACACUGCCACAGGAGCAUUUAGCUGCUCCAGUUCAGACAAAAAAAAUAUUUAGGAAGUCUAGAACCUGGAAGAGGGUUAGACUUAAGCAAGGGCUGUCAUAGGAUGGUUAUGCUGCUGUUAUGGUUAGACUUUAAAGGUGGAGAAAGAUUUUACUAGCAGACCACUGGAUGACCAGGAUGGAAUGGGAAUGGACCAAAUGUAGUUGAAAGAUGGUUCAAUUGGACAUACUUGAAUCUCAGUACUUUCUAUUCCAGCAUAAAGGAGCCCGGGGCAUCUAGCGAGGACUCCGCACACAUCCGCUUCUUCUCCUUCUCUCUGAUUGAGGGCUACAUCUCUCUGGUCAUGGACGAGCAGACGACACGACGGUGGGUGCUCUCGUGGUCCCGCCAUUUAUAAAUAAAUAAACACAUGGUUAUGGUGUCUAUCACCAUCAGAAAGGCACAACUGCUAUGUCAAUUUGCUGUUUUGAGUCAUUUGUAGACAACUUGUUUGCUGCUGGGUUGUUAGGAAACAAACAUAGAAUAUCAUAAAAAGUUUAUAAAUAAAGAAGUUAAUGUAGAGUUGACAGCCGUUGCAGGUGUCACUUGCAGGGUAACCCGAACAGCUGCAUUACUAAUCACAUGUGGAUUGAACUAAAGGGUUACAGUCCACUACAUUAGUAGAUACUUUAUCAUGGGCUUGUCCUACAUUGGCGAGGUAUCCCUUAUAUGGGUCAGUGUUGUCUCCAAGCUAUGAAGGGGGACAAUAUGUUGACCAAGAUUUUAGUACUUCCGAAGUUAUGUGUUUUUCACCAUAGCAUGUAGGACAGGGAUCAUCAUCUAGAUUCAGCCAUGGGCUGAUUUUUUUUCUUGAGUGGAUGGUCAGGGGGCCGGAACAUAAUUACAAAUAAUUUGUAGACUGCAAAUUGACCGCAAGACGCACAAACAGAUAUAAUAUUUGAAUAAAACAUAAUUUCAAACCUUGCUUACAUGUAUGUAUGUAUGAUCUCAUCUCUCUCUCUAUUAUGCGUGGGAAUACUUUGCAACAUAUUUUUCCUAAAUUAAAAACACUUGGAGCUUAUUUGCUGGUGUUUUAGUAUUUUAUGUCUAACAAAAAUUGUGGCUGCCAGUUGGGGAACCCUGAUGUAGGGCAACCACUGGCCUACAAUCUGAAUUUGACCAAAUCGUUCCAUUUAACACACAAGACAAAAAUAUGUAUUCACUGUUUUCUGAAAUCUUUGAAUGCAUCUGAUGUGAGCGCUACAUUAAAUAAUAGCUUUCAAUGUUACUUGCUAUAGAUUGAAUGAGUGUGUGCAUUCAUUUUCUCAUUUCUUCAUCCUAGGUUUCCCAACAAUGUCCUCUUCACUAGUGCUUCAGGGGAGCUUUGGAAAAUGGUUCGCAUUGGGGGACAGCCUUUAGGAUUUGGUAAGUAAAACCGUUGUGGUUUUCUCUGUUUGGUUUCCACAGGUCUCCCAUAUGUUAGUCAGAUCUCUGUGCAGAGUGCACAGCACCAAGAGACAGUGUAAUCUGGCUAAGAUUAGGAAAAACCAACUGUGAUGCCAAUACGAAUAUUACUUGGCAAUGUGAGGAAUACAUUAAACGCCCAGAUACGCCUCAUGUCUGGUACUCCCGAGUGGCGCAGUGGUCUAGGGCUGUGCCACUAGAGAUCCUGGUUCGAAUCCAGGCUCUGUCGUAGCCGGCCGCGACCGGGAGACCCAUGGGGCGGCGCACAAUUGGUCCAGGGUAGGGGAGGGAAUGGCCGGCAGGGAUGUAGCUCAGUUGGUAGAGCAUGGCGUUUGCAACGCCAAGGUUGUGGGCUCAAUUCCCAUGGGGGAAUCAGUAUGAAAAAAAAUAAUAAUAAUGUAUGCGCUCUGGAUAAGAGCGUCUGCUAAAUGACAAAAAAAAAAAUCUAAAUAUCUGAUAUUCAUGGAUAUCUGUUCUUUAUUCUUAUUGCCUUGUGUCAGACGAGUGUGGUAUCGUGGCUCAAAUAUCGGAACCCCUGGCGACUGCUGACAUUCCAGCUUAUUACAUCAGUACCUUCAAGUUCGACCAUGCCCUGGUGAGUGAUGGUUUACAACUCCACGCCCUCUAUGUAUCUCUCUCUGUUUGUAUAGUAAAUUGUAGAGGUCAGUUUAAACUGGAGCUUUUGGAAUAAAGACUUAACCCCGCCCUAUCUCUCAUAGGUCCCAGAAGAAAACAUCCAGAGUGUGAUUGGAGCUUUGAGGACCAAUGAGAGCGCAGGACAGUGA